AUGAAAUAUAUUUAUUUUGUUAUUUUAUUAUGUUUUGUAAGAAAUGUAGAUAUAGUUAACUCUCUUGUGGCAGAUUCCUCUUGUUUUCAUAAAAAGUCAUUAUUGUUGCUAGAGAAGACCUCCAAAGAGAAAGAUCAAACUUUCUAUGAGUCGCUGUCUAAAUUGGAGAACAACCCAUUCACUCUUGUAGUUAGGUAUUGCCUAGGAGCAGACGGAAACGUAUCCAGUCGCAAAUUUGUGGAGUGUGUAUCUUCCCUAAGUUCAUGUCCAACGAAUUGGUAUUCUACAAUAAACUGGCAGUUUUGUCUUUGUAAUACAGUGUACUGCGUUCUUAAGGGCUGUUUUCAGUACUGGAUUGAAACAUUUGACUUUACAAAUACCAAGGUACUUUAUACAUUUUCACUCUUUUCAGUGCUUCGCUCAUUGUCACCAAGGCGCCUAUUCAUGCAUUUUCAAGCAGACUGGAAUGAUCCCCUAUAA